UUUAUGCUCAGUUUUCCUUAGAGAUGGAUUCUUUCUUUUCUCGCCUUAACGCGUGUACUGUAUGUUUUCUCUUUGCACUUGCGACUAUCGGAGAAGGCGGAAGACUGUUAGUCAUACCUCAAGAUGGAAGCCAUUGGCUCAGCAUGCGAGCUGUAGUAGAGAAACUCAGUGAAAGGGGCCACGAAAUAGUGGUCGUGGCACCAGAAGUUAAUUUGCUUUAUAAAGAAUCCAAGUAUUACACUAUGAUGACACAUGCGGUGCCUUACACGCCGGACGAUUUUGCCCAUCGCUUCCGCUUGUUCAGCAACCAGCCCUUUGAGGAAGUGCCUUUUCUUUCCAUGGUCAUAGGGGCCUAUAAGGCCAUGACGUACCUUGUCGAGAUGUUUUUCAUGAAUUGUGAAAGCCUUCUGAGGAACAGAGACAUCAUGCGAUCCUUAGAAGAGAGUACAUUUGAUGCCAUUUUUACAGAUCCAAUUUUUCCAUGUGGCGUGAUCCUUGCUGAGCAUCUCUCGGUCCCUUCGGUAUACUUUUUCCGUGGCUUACCCAGGUUACAGGAUGCCAUCACUAAGUGCCCAGCUCCAGUUUCCUAUGUCCCAAGAUCCUAUAGCAGGAACACAGAUCACAUGACAUUCGUUCAGCGAUUGUCGAACCUAUUCUUUAGCUUCUUAGAGACACCUCUGUUAAAGAUGUUUUAUAACAGAUAUGAAGAGCUUGCUUCCGAGCUUCUCAAGAGGGAAGUACAUUUGCCAACCCUUUACAGAAAUGGUUCUGUUUGGCUUUUACGCUACGACUUUGUGUUUGAGUAUCCUAGGCCAGUUAUGCCCAACAUGGUCUUCAUUGGCGGGAUAAAUUGUGAAGAAGGAAAACGCUUGUCACAGUUUCAGCCUGAAAUCCAAUAA